GACCCCCAAGGAUGCCGUUCCUUAAAAAAGCUCGACUCAGCCUGCCUCGCUCAACAGUAAUAGACAAAGCAGCAAAGAAAUCCGGACUGCGUGGAACGAUCUUUUCAGUCAAUGGAGAUAACUACACCGGAGAGUGGUUGGACAAUAAAAAACAUGGUUGGGGAACCCAAGAGUGGAAAUCAUCUGGUGCCAUUUACAAUGGCGAGUGGAAAUAUGGCAAACACGAUGGCUACGGUAUUUUUAGCGUACUACUGCCAGAUACCAAGCAGUAUACCAUGCAGUACUGUGGAGAGUGGAAAAAUGGAAUGAAACACGGACAUGGCUCCUUUUUUGAUGUGCAUGCAACGUACGAGGGAGAGUGGAGUGAGGAUAAUCGCAGUGGUUGGGGGCGACUCACCUUUAAAUGUGGUGAUCUCUACGAGGGGGAGUGGCUAUGGGAUAAGGAAGAUGGAGCGGGUGUUAUUCAAUUUGACAAUGGGAACUGGUACGAAGGAUCUUGGAAGGGCGGUAAGAAGAACGGUCAUGGGAAGUUCUACUAUGCUGACAAAGGUCUCAUUUAUGAAGGCCUUUGGGUAGAUGGUGAUGCAAAAUGUGGGACUCUGUCUGAUUUUGGGAGGGAAACAGCACCAUUCCCCACCAAGUAUCCAAUUCCACGGGUAACACUAGUGGACAUGAAAAGGGUGUUAACAGAAGCCGAGUCAGCAUACGUGGAUGAAAGUUGAUGGGGGAACAUGAGGAAAGUUCUUUUUGUGUGAAUUCAGAAACAUUUUGUAUUCAUUUGAGUUCAUGGACAAAUGUAUUAAGACAGAUGGCCAUUGCACCAACAAGAACCCAAAAAUGAGAAGAAUGGAUUAUUUGGAAUGACUUUCUGCCGUGCAGCAGAUUUUGAGCCCAUGUAGGAGAAAGACUUUGGGGUUAAAGUCACUGCCCUCGUUGGUAGUUCUUAGAGGUCCAUCCCAAACUAGAAAUUUGUCCUGAUGAAAACGAGCUCCCAGAGCGAGCCAGGGAAAUCUGGAAACCUCACUGGAGCCCAUCAAUGAAAGUUGGGAUUCCACUGAUGGUUCGAAGAGUCAAAGCGUUACUCAAGAGGAAUAUUUGUGAAUGGAAGUUUGAUAAUCCUCCAUGGUGACCAAAAUAAAUGUCAGCUCUUGGAAAA